AUGGGGAAUGGAUUAUCUGAACCACAGACUUUCCUCUCGAGAAUCUCUUUCUUUCAGUCGUUCCAUAUCGCCAUUUUGGGACUGGACUCUGCAGGUAAAACGACUGUCCUGUACAGGUUGCAGUUCAAUGAGUUUGUCAACACAGUGCCUACCAAAGGCUUCAACGCAGAAAAGGUCAAUGUGUCUUUGGGUGGCCACAGGACGGUGACCUUCCACUUCUGGGACGUAGGUGGUCAAGAGAAGUUGCGUCCAUUGUGGAAGUCAUACACACGCUGUACCGACGGCAUCGUAUUCGUGGUGGACUCUGUAGAUGCCGAACGCAUGGAGGAGGCUAAAACGGAGCUCCAUAAGAUCGCCAAGACCGGAGACAACCAGGGAGUGCCACUGCUGGUGGUGGCUAACAAGCAAGACUUGAGGCACUCUCUGAGCCUGGCUGAGAUUGAAAAGGCGCUAGCUCUGAAGGAACUGAGCCCUGGCACGCCCUGGCACCUGCAGCCCACCUGUGCCAUCAUAGGAGACGGACUGAAAGAUGGCAUGGAGAGACUCCAUGACAUGAUCCUUAAACGGAGAAAGAUGCUCCGCCAACAGAAGAAAAAGAGAUGA